AUGGGACCGGCUGAGGCUGCCUCUUCGCCCGUGUUCCCCGUCUUGGACCCGAUUGUUGUCGACGACGAUAUGGAGGCGGUCUACCAGGACACCAAUCUCGACUUUCUUGACCCAUCGGGCCUGUCCGGGACGACCGAGAGUGCUGGCCGCGACUUCGACGACCUUUUUGCCCAUUCCACUUCUUCCCGCACCGUCACCGACUCAGACUCGACGUGUUUGUCGCCGGCAGAGUUGUCUGUGAAGCGACCAUACCCAGAAGCCGAUGUGCUGAAGCAGCCUAGCAUCGUGAAAUCAGAUUCCCCCGCAGAAUCCCCCGACGAUUCCAGUCGCAGUUCUUCGUCAGAGUCGCCGCGGAACCAUAUUCGAGCCGCCUCGCUCGCCUCGUCCGCCGUGUACAGCGAGAAUCCAAACAUGCCUUUCGGCUACACCACGGAGGAGUGGGUUAAUCCCGAUUUGAUGCCGGUCAAAGAAGAUGAUACGUUCUCGUUCGAUCCGUCCGUGUCGCUCAUCGAUGGCCAAUUUGGCGCGGAGCCGGAUCCCACCGAGAACGUCAUGAUGAACUCCGCCUUCGAUUUCGAAAGUGCUGCCAGUAGCCCGAGUCCGUUGAAGACCGAUCCUCCUCCGCAACCAAUGUCGCAAAGGGGCUCUAGGGGCCAUUUUCGCAGCACGUCUAAUAUCACCGCUAGGCAGUCUUCAUCCCCGAAUUUUCCAACGGGAUCUUCUUACUUCAACAUCGGCACCAAAGAACAGUCUCCAUUUUCGGCCUCCAAAUUCCCCGUCAAAGGAAAGUCACCGUCGAAUCAAUGGGGCGGCCACUCUCCCUCCUCACUUCUAGAGGAAAGCUUUGGAGGAAUCAACAUGAACGGCAGUUCUCCGAUGAGUCAUGGUUUGACCUUCACGCCCAACACAUUCAAUUUCGGUCUCAACUUUGCGCCGUCCCCCGCACCAAGCACCGUCAAACCGGAAUCCCCUCAGCGUCACAUGUUGACCGUUCAUCCGACGUCCCUCAAGUCGCGCGUGGAAACUCAAAUUCCCAUCCGACUGACCCUCUUCCCGUUGCCCACCGGCGUCAAGAAAGUAAGGCUACCUAGCCAUACGAUUUCGAAACCGAAAUUCCUUGCACCUGCGUCCGCCGAACGGUCCGCCGAAGUCGUCGAAUUGCACACCAGCCUUGUUUGUACCAGUGCGAUGCAGGACCAAACAAAACUCAGGAAGGCGUUCGCUCGAGCGAGAGGCGAGGAUCGCUACCGCGCGUCUAGUUCGAGCCCUCAAACAUAUAGUGACCUGCCGGAAGACGAAAAGCCACUGGAUGGCGGCGAAGUGAAGAUCUGCACUGGCUGUAUCCAGCGUGAGCGGAAGCGGGCUUUCCGAAAGAAGCAGAGAAAGCCAGAAGAAGACGAAUUGUUCCAGAAAGACGAAGAGAAAAGAGUCAUUGUUUUCAACACAAAUGAGAUUAAAGAGUGGACCGAGCCUUCCAAGAACGCCAUGCCGGGAUAUGGUGACACCCCAGGGCCGAUCAUUCCUGCCGGUGCCAUGCAGGUCGAAUUGCCUAUGCGCAUAGCGUGCUAUUGCAGGCACCAGAAUGAGAAACUUGGAUUCCAGGUCAUCUUUACGGUGAAGGACUACAAGGACAAUGUUAUUGCCCAGGCAAUAACUAAUUCCAUCAUGAUCACCGAUGACCACAAGACUCAUGCGCCGCCGGCGGCUCCUGCCCCUGGUCCUUCGCCUGCUUUGCCAGAUGGGACACAACUCCCCGGCGUUGGUGUAUUCCCCUCAGGCCCUAGCGUUGACCAAGGGAAGACGCCCCAGCAGGCACCGUCACCAUCAGCAACGGAUCUCCAAGGCUUGCAGCAAAGGUUCAAUUCCCAGUAUCAGCUCAAUGGUGGCUCUUUUCCCUUGCCACAAAACCAGGCCAACGGCACUGGCCCCUCCAACUCGCAGCCCUCUCGAAGCCUUUCCCGCCAGACAUCACCGAAUGAUUUCCCGGGACCGAUGAGCAAGCGGCGCAAACAUAGCAACUCCGGAAGGGUCCCGUCGGAAUUGACCAUGACCAAGCUUGAGGGCGUUCAGCCCUCUGCCGGCGUCUCCAAUGCAUCCGGUCUUGGUAACGACACGCAGUUUUCGGCGCCCCGUGCAUUUGCCUCCCCCGUCGAACGACCUUUUGUGACCUCGAAUGGCAUGUCAAAUCAAUAUGCGAACGGCCCGCCGACACCCGGGAGCGGCGAGAAUAAUCCAUUUUUCAACCCCGCCGCGCAACAAAGCCUGGAUAGUUUCAUUCAGCAGCAGCUGAUGUCCGCCCCGAACUCGGCUCAGCCGAGCCGCCCUGGAACACCCGGGGUGUCUUCUCGCAACACAUUCCAAGACCAAAGUCUUAACAUUUCAUUGGGCCCUAGUCCUUCGACUCCCAUGUGGCCGCCUAUAACUAACGCCGGCAACCGACUACCUUCUGUCAUCCACAAGCUGGUCCCCGCCGAGGGCUCUAUCACGGGAGGGACGGAAGUAACGCUCUUAGGAAGUGGAUUCUAUCCUGGAAUGGAAGUUGUUUUCGGUGAUACGUUGGCCACAACGACCACGUUCUGGGGCGAUAAAUGUCUCAAUUGCCUAACUCCGCCCUCGCUUCACCCCGGAAUGGUGGCGGUCGUUUUCAAGCAUGAGCAUCCUACUUUCGGUCAACUGCAGCCAGCUCAGCCCCUGAUGCCUAAGCAACAGCAAUUCUUCCGCUAUGUAGAUGACCGCGAGUUGCAAAUGUACCGUCUUGCCCUGGGUAUCCUUGGACAGAAACUUGGAAGCCAAGCAGAUGCGUUCCAGACGGCACAGCAGAUCAUGGGUAGCGACACGAAGUCCAUGUUCAAUCUGCCGAAGGAUUUCCAGGGCAGCUCUGGCGGUCAUCAGCGCCAAGUCCCUGGGUUGGAAUCGCAGGGUAAAUUGAGUGACCUAGACUCGAAGAUGCUCACUUACCUUGAGUUUAUUGAUCUUGAUGACAACCCACGCCCACCCAAGUACAACAGCCGCGGCGGAACUGGUCAAACCCUUCUUCACUUCGCGUCUUCUCUGGGACUUACCCGAUUUGUUGCCGGGCUUCUGGCUAGAGGCGCAAAUCCGGACGUGCAGGAUAGCACUGGCAACACGCCCAUGCAUUUGGCGGCUCUGAACGGCCAUGCGCACAUCGUUCACCGACUGCGACUGGCCGGCGCUAAUGUCAACGCUCGUAGCGUUCGAGGAUUCACUCCGGCCGACUUGGCCACGACGUUGCCGGCGCACCAGGCUGCUCUAAUCCCUGCGCGUCACUACCGCUCGCGCAGUGUUGGAUCCUUGGGUUCGUCACGACGCAGACAUAGCAGCUCGGCCUCGCUCCAUUCCAUGUGGGAGUCUUCUUCAGGCUCCUUCGAUAAUGCCGUCGACGAUUCGGAGGACGAGGAAGAGACCGACGAGGAGGAUGUUGUCAGCUUCACAGUAUCUCGACGAGCCAGCGUUCAUCAAGAUGCGCCCCCUCCGAUCUCGCCUCCCGAGCAAUCCGGGCCCGACGGAGAUGCACGACCGUUCUCCCCUCCGGCGGCUCUGGUUGCUUGGCGAAACCAGCUUCAAGCCCAGAUCAACCAAUUCCAGCAGAGCGUUGCCAAUGCAUUCCCUAACCUGCCUGCUUUGCCGCCAAUGCCAGCUUUGCCCGACUACCAAGCCCACCCGAUGAUGCGACGCAUUACCAACCUCGUCCCACACCGGCCAACGACCGCGAGGUCGGCGAAGGACGGCUGGUGGGAUAUGUUGACGGGCAACUCUGCGCCUAGCACCACUGAGUUACCCUCUUACGAGGAUCUCUAUCCACGUAAAGAGGAGGACGAGGAAGAAGCGGCGCAACUGAAGAAAACGAGCAUGCUGCAAGCGGCGACGGAGGCUGCGUUGGACCAGCAUUUCGAAGCCCAGGUCACCGAACAAGCCAGCUCGUCCCAGACCCCCGCGGCCAAACAUGACAAGGAUGACCUCAAGGACAUCCGCAUUGGCCGUAAAGUGAUCUCUCGUGAACAGCAAAAGCACCUUCGAGAGCAGCAGGCUCAGAGAAUGAAGGGACUUGGCAACGACCGGAACCUCUACUUUAUUUGGAUUCCUCUUUUGAUCCUGGUCAUCGGCGCAUGGAUUCGAAGCUACGUUCCAGGUAUUUGGCAGGGGUUCUCGAGCGGUAUCGAGUUUGUCAAGUCCCGCUACGCGCAGCAGGCCUUGGAUGUUGGGGUCUAA